AUGGCUCUGCUAAAAACUUCUUUACGAUUGUUGGAGGCGAUCGAACAAGGAGAAUACGAGAAGGCCUUCUCGCUCACAGAAAACGCCAGUCAACAGCAUGACAGCUCACUCAGUUCUGUAGCACCUGACUUGAUCUACAAAGUUGCAUAUAGUUUCGGGAAUCAAAACAAUAGCCAACUUAAGGUUCUACUUAUUCGCCUUUUCGAUUUACUCACAUCUGUGCCUCAAAAAUAUCGUAUUUGCUACGAGUUACUGACUUUACGAACAUCUCCAUUUCUUACGGAUGUGCUUGUGAAUCAAUUGGGUUCACUGAUCACCAAUGAAUUCUUGGAAUCUUACCCAGACUUGUGGAAUCAAAUCUGUAGCGAACUGCCGGUGAAGUUGGAGAAGAGACUUUGUCAACGAUUCAUCAGCGUGGACGAGGAGUUAUGGCUUGGCAUAAUUGAAGCUGCUAAUGUUCUAGCUUUUUUCGACAAAAUCCCUUUCAAAGUCCCUUAUAAGUUUGGACAACUAGUCGAUGUUGUGCUGAACGAAAUGGCAGCUGAAAAUGUUGAUGAGACUGCUGCUUUUCGUUUCCUGAUAUGGCAUGCUAGAGAACACCCUUUCUCUCCGAAGCUAUUGGGUCACACAGAACCUACUGUGUUGAUUCCAAAUGUGUAUGACUUGCGGUAUCUUCGCUUACGACUAACUGAAGGUAUAUGUGACUACAUCAGUGCUAGCAAGCAUCGAUGCGAUGGAGCUUUUGUGAAACCUCUAGCAAAUGCUCUUCGAUUUCUUCAUAAACUCUGUGAUGACUGCCAGGAAAUUCAUGCUACGCACAUAGAUAUUUACGCGGGAAUGUUCGUACUUCUAGUCCGCUUUAUGGAAAAUUUCGAUUUGGAAGUAGAAGGAAGAAGAUUUGUAAUCAUGGAUAUGUCACAGAAUAUAAUUGCUUGUUUUCAAGUGGAGUUACGAGUACUGCUUCUGAAACGCAUAAUCGGAAGAAUUAUCAACGGGACCCACCUAUAUGUAUCGAACAAGGCUAAAAUUUUGGCAUGGUUGUUGGACCAGCUCGAGCUAAUUUUAAAUGAAAAGAUCUGUGUUGAUGAGUUGGGUAGUGUAUUUGGUCUUCUGGAGAAUGUCUCCUACGACGAUGUUCCUACCUCGCUUGUGUACUAUACUUCAGUUCUACGGAUUAUUAAAGCUUAUGCACGUGAAUGUGCCAAUAUACCAAUGUUGGCUGAGGCACGUGAGAGACUUGUCGUCCGUGUUCGAAAUGAGCUUACGGAUUAUCUUCAAUGCGACCAUGUGGAUGGAAAGACCGAAAGGAAUGUGCAGGAAAAGCAAGGAACAAUCCUUCAACCUCUGUGUUCUCAUCCUCUUCCUGGAGAGGAGUCCUUGAAACAACUUCAUGCCGUUCUAGAAGAUUGUGAACAAACAAUAUCAGACAUCGAUGAAGUAUUAACUCAUUCACGUCAGCUCUACUAG